CCAUUCAUUCGCUCAACACGGUCUCGACAUUCGGCGUUUCAGCGGACCCGGUCUGGAAACACGAUCCAUCGCUCCGCGAAGUCAAUCGGAGGCUGCCGAAGAUGGUGUACAAGGAGCAGAAAUUUGAUGAAGGUGGGCCGGAUGACUUCGAUCCCGCGCGACCCUAUGCCGAUCCCGUGGCUAUGUUGGAGCAGCGCGAGUACAUAGUUCGGGAGAAGCUCAUAGCCAUCGAGAUGGCCAAGGUGCUGCGCGAGAGGGUGCAGCAGUGUUACAGACGUGAGGGCGUCAAUCAUUACCAGAAGUGCAGACAGCAUGUCAAGAAUUACUUGUCUUCCAUCAGGAAUGUGGGUUGGGGCAAGGAUGCGAAACCUGAUUACGAGGUGUGAGUGAAAGAACUUUUUGGAUGUGAGGUCAUCAUCAUCAUUAUUGGGUUGGUUUGCGAUGUGAAUUUAGGUUUGCGCCAAAUUCUCCGUCAUAAUAGAGAUCUGCAGGGAUUCCUUAUUUGUGAAUCAGCCAUGACAUUUUUGGUAGCACCGGCUGCCUGUAGAGUGGAGGGAAGUUUCUCCUUUCCUUCAGUCGUGAAAAUUACCGAGAAAAUGGCCGAAGAAGAAUGCGGAUCAUUUCGGACAGAAUUGACUGAUAUGCGAUUCAAGCAGAUUCCUCGCUUUGUUUGCUCAGCGAAGCAAACACAAAUCAGAGGGAAAUGACACUAUAAUAUCUUUGCACGUUGCUCAAGCAUAUCUUUGUAAUCGCCUUCUUCUUACCGAAAUUGACGUUUAUGGAUGGGUGGUCAUGUCUCCUGUGUUUAGUCC